AUGUCAGGGCCGCCGCCGCCGCCAGGAUGGUCGGGUUCAACGACGCCAAAGGGUCCACCGUCCCGCCCAAACGGGUUCGAGAUACCUGGUACCAAAAAGAAACCACUACCGCCGCCGCCGCCACCACCAGGAGUCCCCCAUGCUGCACCGCCGCCGCCGCCGGGUAUGGAAUCAGACUCCCUCCCCCCUCCUCCUCCUCCGCCUCCGCCAACCUCGCACAAUGAUGCUAAAUUAGAGAAAUUGAAGCGUAAAUGGCAGCUAGAAAAGGCCAAAAGAGGCAAGCGUGCCAAGCAAAAGAAGCGAAAAGGCACCAAGAUCCAACCUGAACACAUUCGUCAGAUUGUCAAAAAUUUGGGCUACUCAAAUACCGGGCCUGGAGCUCAGGCAGACAAGCGAUCGUAUCUUGGUGCCCUCAAGUUUUUGCCCUAUGCCAUUCUAAAACUGUUGGAAAAUAUGCCACAGCCCUGGGAGGCCGAGAAAAAGGUCCCUGUUGUUUAUCAUGUAUCGGGCGCGUUGACAGUUGUAGAUCAAGUGCCUUUCGUAUGCGAACCCGAGUACAGAGCUCAAUGGGCUGCCAUGUGGACGCUGAUGAGACGAGAAAAACGUGAUAGGCACCACUUUAAGCGCGUACGCUUCCCUCCAUUCGAGGACGAGGAACCGCCUCUAGAUUGGAAAGAAAAUUUCGCUGGAAUCGACACUCCAAAUGGAAUCAUAGAUGAAGACAACUACAUUGGAGUUGAAGGACUUUUUGACGGCAUGGAAAACGGAAAGAAAUGGACUCUGGAUCUUCGCAAACAGACUGAGUAUUAUUCUUUGUCAAAACCUAUGUUGACUGGAAAACCCGAUGAUUAUUUAUUUGAUGAGGAAAGUCUUGAAACCGCAAAAGCUCUUAAUGUUGCAUUGCCUGGUGGUCCCAAGUUUGAGCCGCUCUUUGAGCCUGACAACGAUGAUAUCAGCGAAUUCAAUGCUCCCGACCGCAUAAUUUUUAGAGCUCCACUGAAAACAGAGCACCAGAUUGCCUUUCCUCAUUUGUACAAUUCACGUCCACGCAAAGUUAAGCUGUCCAAAUACCAGAACCAACUGGAUAUUGCAACUAAUUCUGGCGAUUUCGAGCUAGCCCCUGAAAUCAACAAAAUCCCUCGUCGACCGCGGAAAAUGAACCCUGAACUCUUUGGUGAACAAGUUACACCAUUACUAGAUGAGUUCCAGGCUGAUACAAAGGGCAUUGAACUACUUAAAGCCCCGUUCCCCUUUGACACACGCAACGGACACAAGAUUCGGGCUCAGGAUGUUGCACUCGUCAAACAUUGGUAUCAGGGUAGACCAAAAAGACAAAUACCAGUCAAGGUACGUGUUUCGCACCAAAGGCUACGGAAGCAACAGGUCUUGCUUCAAUUGCAUCACAAGAAUUAUUCUAGCGGCCCUAGGCACCUUCUGCGCCAUUUGAAACAGACCAAAUUCUUCAAACAAACAGAUCUUGACUGGCUAGAGGCUGGGAUACAACUAGUCAGACAAGGGUUUACAAUUUUGCAAUUGCUCAUCCACCGUCGUGGCUUGACAUUUUUACAUUUGGAUUAUAACUUCAACUUGAAACCGACGAAAACUUUAACCACGAAGGAACGCAAGCGAUCGCGAUUUGGUCAUUCAUUCCAUAUGGUACGCGAACUUCUAAAGAUCAUCAAGUUGGUUCUAGACACUCACAUUCUGUUUCGUCUCGGUCAGAUCGAUGCUUACGAGCUGGCAGAUGGUAUCCACUACAUCUUUACUCACAUCGGACAGCUGACCGGACUGUACAGAUACAAAUACAAGGUUAUGCAUCAAAUUCGUGCUUGUAAAGAUCUCAAACAUUUGAUCUAUGAGCGAUUCAAUGCAGAUGGCGUUGGCAAAGGUCCUGGAUGUGGUAUCUGGCAACCAGCUUGGCGAGUAUGGCUUGCAUGGCUCAGAGGCACACUUCCAUUACUUGAGCGUUGGCUAGGUAAUCUUUUAGCUCGCCAGUUUGAGGGUCGUGUUUCUAAAGGUGUUACAAAGACGGUCACAAAGCAGCGCGUUGAUUCUCACUACGAUUUAGAGCUGCGCGCCGCAGUUCUCCAUGACAUCUUGGAUAUGAUGCCCGAGGGAAUCCGUCAAAACAAAACAAAGACAAUUCUUCAGCACCUUAGUGAAGCUUGGAGAUGCUGGAAAGCUAGUAUUCCAUGGAAAGUUCCGGGUUUGCCAGCUCCUAUCGAGGCGAUCAUUUUACGUUAUGUGAAAGCUAAGGCAGAUCACUGGAUCCAGGUCACUCACUUUAAUAGGGAACGCAUCAGCAAAGGUGCAACAGUCGAUAAAGCGGUUGCUAAAAAGAACCUUGGCCGGCUUACACGUCUGUGGUUCAAAGCAGAACAAGAGAGGCAAAAUGCCUAUAUUGCGGACGGCCCUUAUAUUUCGCCGAACUCAGCUGUCAAAAUGUUUAGCACGGUAGUUCAUUGGCUUGAACAGCGUGAAUUUGAGCCAAUACCUUUCCCUCCUGUUAGUUACAAACAUGAUACGAAGCUGCUAGUUCUCGCUCUUGAACAUUUGCGUAGCGCUUACAGUCUAAGUGCUCGCUUAAAUCAGGCACAGCGUGAAGAGUUGGCCCUUAUUGAACAAGCUUAUGACAACCCACAUGAAUGUUUAACUCGUAUCAAGCGAGCUCUCUUGACCCAACGUGUGUUUAAAGAAGUUCAAGUGGAUCUCAUGGAUAUGUACUCUCACACACAGCCGGUUUACACUAUUGACCCACAAGAAAAGGUUGUUGACUCCUAUCUCGACCAUUAUUUGUGGUUUGAAGCUGAUCGACGCCAGCUCUUCCCUAAUUGGAUCAAGCCUGGUGACGGUGAGAUUGCACCUAUUCUUGUCCACGAUUGGGCUCAAGGUAUAAGCCAAAUGUUGCCAAAGAACUCACAGCAAGCUGUCCAUGCUCAAUUUAAAUUGAGUGGGCUCGUCGAGAAAAUUGAUUUGUCGCUGCUGAACCGACUGCUCCGCUUGAUUGUAGAUCCAAGUAUCGCCGACUACAUUACUGCCAAAAUGAAUGUUGCACUAGCUUUCAAGGACAUGUCGAUGGUGAACCGCUAUGGAGUUCUCCGUGGAAUUCAGUUUGCACCUUUUGUGAUUCAAUAUUAUGGGAUUAUGGUUGAUUUACUUAUUCUUGGUCUUCCAAGAGCUCACGAGAUUGCUGGUUCACCAAAGAGACCCAACAGGUUCAUGUCCUUCACAUCUGCGGCUGUUGAGGAAGAUCACCCAGUGAGGGCAUAUUGUCGAUACUUUGAUCAAGUCCACAUGCUGUUUGCUUUCGAUGAGUCUGAGGCGGAUGAUCUAAUUUCAGCACUUUUGAAUGCACAUCCAGAGCCUUACAACUUGGCAGAUUUCCCUACACCGAAAAGUUGGCCUCGAAACUUGCGGAUGAAGCUUGUGCGUCCCGACGUGAACGUUGGAAGGGCUGUUCUUUGGCAUGUUCAAAAUCGACUUCCUCCAUCUAUCGUUGGUGUCACUGACCAGCUCGUUUCUGUAAAGAGUCCAGAGAACCCAGCUAUACUGUUCACUAUGCAUGGGUUCGAUGUCCGUAUUGCUCCACGGGGAAGCUCUGGAUCAGGAGCUGGCCAAGAUGCUGUCUGGCCCCUUGUGGAUCCCGCAACUCAGGAACGCACUGCUUACGCUCAAGUUCGUGUGUCUUCAGAUGCUAUCGAUCGUUUUAACAAUCGUGUCCGUCAAAUAUUGAUGACUUCGGGCUCUACAACUUUCUCCAAGGUGAUUGACAAGUGGAAUACUGCGCUUAUUGCAUUCGUCUCAUUUUACAGAGAGGCAGCAGUGGCCACUUCCGAGCUACUUGAUGUCCUAGUAAGAUGUGAGACCCGGAUUCAGACAAGGGUCAAGCUUGGUUUGAACUCAAAAAUGCCGUCAAGAUUCCCGCCUUGUGUUUUCUACUCUCCAAAAGAACUUGGUGGUCUAGGUAUGCUUAGCGCAUCCCACAUCUUGAUCCCGGCUAGUGAUUUGAGAUGGAGCCAGCAGACAUCAACUGGAAUUACACACUUCAGAGCCGGCAUGGCCCACCGUGAGGAAGCCCCCAUCCCUAAUAUCUUCCGGUACCUUCCGUCUUGGCAGUCCGAACUUGUUGACUCUCAACGGGUUUGGGCAGAGUAUGCCCAAAAGCGGCAAGAGGCACAGGAGUCGAACCGUCGGAUUCAACUUGAGGAUCUUGAAGAUGCAUGGGACCGUGGUUUGCCUAGAAUCAACACUCUUUUCCAGAAGGAUCGUCAUACUCUAGCCUACGACAAAGGGUAUCGCUGUCGAGGUGCUUUUCGUAUGUAUUGGCUCGACAAGUAUCACCCAUUUUGGUGGAAUAAUCAGCGGCAUGAUGGAAAAUUGUGGAAUCUCAAUGCUUAUCGCGCUGAUGUUAUUCAAGCUCUUGGUGGAAUUGAAACCAUUCUGGAGCAUACGCUAUUCAAAGCUACCGGAUUUGAUUCCUGGGAGGGUCUGUUCUGGGAGCGGCAGAGUGGUUUUGAAGAUUCUAUGCGAUUCAAAAAGCUCACCAAUGCGCAGAGAUCCGGUCUUAGCCAGAUUCCUAACCGUCGAUUCACGCUCUGGUGGUCACCAACUAUCAAUCGAGCGAAUGUUUACGUGGGCUUCAUGGUUCAACUAGACUUGACUGGCAUAUUUUUGCACGGUAAAAUUCCGACGCUCAAAAUUUCUUUGAUCCAGAUUUUCCGCGCUCAUUUAUGGCAAAAAAUUCACGAGAGUUUAGUUAUGGAUCUUUGCCAAAUUCUCGACCGUGAAAUGGACUCCCUGCAGAUCGAUACGGUAACAAAGCAACCUAUCCACCCGCGCAAGUCGUACAAGAUGUCGUCGUCAACUGCAGAUGUGGUUCUCACUGCCGCUUAUCGAUGGAAUGUUUCCAAACCGUCGUUAUUGCAUGACAAGCGUGACCAAAUGGAUCUGACUACGACCACAAAGUAUUGGAUUGAUGUCCAGCUCCGUUAUGGUGAUUAUGAUUCGCAUGAUAUUACUCGCUAUACUCGUGCAAAGUAUUUGGAUUACACAUCUGACGGUGUUUCGCAAUAUCCUUCUGCCACAGGUGUGGUCGUCUGCAUUGAUUUGGCAUACAAUGUGUAUGAUGCCUACGGAAACUGGAUCCCAGGCUUGAAACCUCUUUUUCAACAGGCUUUGUCCAAGUUGAUGCAAGUAAACCCUGCUCUUUACGUUUUAAGGGAGCGUAUUCGCAAGGGUCUUCAGCUGUACCAGGCUCAGCCCCAGCAGUCCUUCCUCAAUUCUUCGAAUUAUAGCGACAUGUUCACGAAAACGCAGUUCUUCGUUGAUGACAGUGUGGUCUAUCGCGCGUACACCUAUCAAACUACUGAAGGAAAUCUGAGCACCCGUCCGAUCAAUGGUGCAGUUCAGAUCAUCAACCCGCGUACGGGUCAGUUGUUUUUGAAGAUCAUUCCUGCAUCCACGUGGGCUGGUCAGAAGCGACUAGGAGCACUUGCAAAAUGGAGAACUGCCGAAGAAGUUGGAGCUUUACUCAGGUCACUUCCCAAGGAAGAGCUUCCUUCUCAAUUGAUCAUUGCUUCCAAAGGGCUCUUGGAUCCUCUCGAAGUGCACAUGCUGGACUUUCCAAAUGUUGCUAUUCGUCCAAGUGAGCUGAACUUCCCAUUCAGAGCUACCCUUCACCUUCCUCAAAUCUCGGAGUUGGUUGGGAAGGCCACUGAGCUCAAAAUGGUUUUGUUUAAUUUGUAUGACGAUUGGCUAACCAAAACCAGCCCUCAUACUGCUUUUAGUCGACUGAUUCUCUUGCUGCGCGGACUACAUCUUCACCCCGAAAGAGCAAAGAUGAUUCUUCGCCCUACGUCCGCGACUAUAACUCAAUCACAUCACUUGUGGCCCUCUCUUACGACGGAACAGUGGAUUAAGGUUGAGAACGAUAUGAGUGAUUUGAUUCUCAAUGACUAUGGCCGCAAAAAUAAUGUGAAUAUCCAAGCCUUGACUCAAACAGAAAUCAGGGAUUUGAUAUUAGGCCAGCCCAUAAAAGCACCAUCUCAAGAACGUCAGAGCCAGAUCGAAGCGGUUGAAGCAGCGCCUGAAGCAGGAACACAGCAAACUGCUCUCAAGACAGUUGGCCAUACUGUGCAUGGUGACGAAAUGGUUGUUGUUACUACGAGCCAGUACGAACAACAGACAUUCUUGUCGCGUACGGACUGGAGAGCAAGAGCAAUUGCGUGUACACAACUGUACAGUCGCGUCAAGCAGCUCUAUGUGGAACAAGGUGUUCUGGACGAGACCAAUCGCACUUUUGUCUUCCCUCGCAACUUGGUUUGCCAGUUCAUCAUGGCUGGAGACUUGCGCACUCAAACAGCGGCCUUUUUGUAUGCUAACAAGUCCAAAGGACACUCGUUGGUGUACGAAGUGAGCUAUUUUGCGAUUACACCCCAGCUUGGUAGCACCACUGUUGUCAAUCUACCUCAAAAAACACCCGAAAUUGACGAUGACGAACUCGAACUCGAACUCGUUGGUCUGCUUGUCGUUCAGCCAGUAGAAACAGAGUUAUCUGCUACAACACUCUCGAACUUUAGCAGGUACUUUGGUGUUGAAGAUCUUCUUGUAGUAGCCUCGUUUACGCCUGGAUCUGUUACACUACAUCCCUACCAGCCUACUGCAGAAGGCAUCGCGUGGGGUCGCCAGUUUUCCGAGCCUGGUGCGGCGGAUAUUUCCACUUUUGAACCAGGUAUGGCCAAAACAGGCCAAAUCAUGCUCACAGAUAAGUUUCAAGGAGGCUUCUAUCUUCCGCAAGACAAAAUGUGGAACUACUCGUUCUUGGGAGCUGCUUGGAGCGAAAAAAUGCGGUACCACAUGCAAAUUGGCGUUCCCCUUACUUUUUACGAUCAAUUGCAUCGUCCGAUCCAUUUUGCAUCGUUCAGUGCCCUCGAAGACGUCGAUAAUGACGAUGUAUUUAACUAA